CACAUCCCAGUCGCGCAUUCCGCCGCGUUUCCCGCUGCGCUGCCGCUCGGUGUGAGGGUGUUUUCAGUUGUACCUCAAAAGCCGGCCUACAAUUUCGUUUCCGCUUCCGCUUCCGCUUCCGCUUCCGCUUCCAUCGUUUGCUCCCCGCUCAAUCAUGUCCGCCAUCCCUCGUCCGAUUCGCCACGUGGCAACGGAUCUCAGCCAUUCCGCGAAUUCCGCUGGACCUGUAACCAGUGGUAGACGCGCUUCGAAUUUCCAGUCGAAUCUUUCCAGAGCAUCGUUUUCUCCCUUGAAUGAUAGCCGCGAAUCUGCGGGGAAGCUUCAUUGCAUGAUGGCGUGCCGCCUCGCUUCGCUAAGAGCCUUGGGAUUGACGGGCGCCAGGGUCGCAACGCCGCGGAUUUCAUACCCGUUAUUCCGUCGCUCUUUUGCCGUACUGUCGUCGCCUCGUGCGUCAUCACAACCAUGGGACGAGCUGAGCCAACCUACAGGCGAGUUGCAGACCACCCUAUCGUCCUCUGUCUCAGUGUCGGGCGUCGGCUUGCACCUAGGCCUACAAACCACUGUCACUCUGCUGCCCGCUGCUGCUGGGGCUGGGCGAGUCUUCCAUGUGGUGGUGCCUGGGGAUAGAGGAUUGGUGGGGAUCGGUGCAGAUGUUCGGAAUGUGGUGGACACUCGCCUGUCCACCGUGCUGGGAGCUGCCGGCGUGCAGGAGAGUGGAGUGCGGGUAGGCACGGUGGAGCAUCUGCUAUCCGCCCUGGAGGGGUGUGGCGUGGACAACUGCGUCAUUCGAGUGGACGGAGGGGGAGAGAUGCCUCUGCUGGACGGCUCAGCAGCGGUUUGGGUGCGGCACAUCAUGGCAGCAGGGAUAGAGCCGGCUACAGUCACUGUUGCUGGGGCUACAGCUGAGAGGAGGAGGUGGAAUUUACCGGGGAAAGGACCAAUCACGGUGCAGCAUGGAGAUUCUUUCAUUGCUGCAUUCCCCCGGGCCUCUCCGCUUCUCACCUAUGGGAUCGACUUCCCCCAUGUGCCUGCCAUUGGGCGGCAGUGGGUGUCGUGGGACCCAGCACGAGCACAGCAACAACCACAACUAGACGCGGCAGCAGAGCAUGAGGAACAGGGAGAGCAGCCUCAGGAGUGUGGGGACUACAUGUCGGGCAUUGCCCCUGCUCGCACCUUCUGCAUCCUCGAACAGGUGGAGCAGAUGCGAGCAGCAGGGCUUAUAAAAGGCGGUUCGCUGGACAAUGCACUCGUCUGCAGUCAAACGCGUGGGUGGGUGAACCCCCCACUGAGAGUACCAUUCGAGCCGUGCCGGCACAAGCUGCUGGAUUUGAUAGGAGACCUGGCGCUGUGUGGGCGAGGGGGGAACAGUGGCAUUCCCAAUGCUCACAUUGUGGCAUAUAAGGCGAGCCAUGCUCUCCAUGUGGCCUUUGGAAAAGCGCUGAUAGACGCGCUUGAAGCAGAGGCUACGGACCUAGCCAAGGGCAAAGAUGCAUGAAUGGUGCCUCGAAAGGGAAAAGGGAAGUAAAGGAUGUCUAUUGAAGGGUGUUUCUCAAAUGUGAGGAUGUGUCGUAAGGGGGAAUGGCAAGAAGAACAUGUGCCUAAUGAAAGGGUGUUCGAACCAGGCGAGAUGGCAAAUAUGUCAUUCUUUUGUACAAGGUUUCUGCAAUCCUGUUGACAUCUGCCAAUAGUUUCAAUUAUGCCGAAAUGAUCGGUAUUAGUAAAAGAGACAUAGAUGUAAUUUUGAAAAGUCAUA